GGCUCGUCCCCGCCCCCCGGGGGUGUCCCGGAUCCCCUCCGCGUAUCGCUCCUCCCCAGCGCCGCCGCCCUCCGCCGGGCUUCCGGGAGCCCUCGUGAUCCUCGCUCCGCAGCCAGCGUCGGACCGCAGCGAGCCCGGCUCGGCCGCCGAUGCUCUGUGCUGGAUCCUGAGCACCAUGUGGUGGCUCGGUGCUGUGACCCUGCUGCUCUGGGCACGGCUGGGCCUGGCCCAGGACUACCCGUUCCAGGAUCCCACCCUUCCCUGGGAGCAGCGGUUGGACGACCUCAUUGGGCGGCUCACCCUCGGGGAGCUGGUGCUGCAGAUGGCAAGAGGUGGCGCUAAGUACAACGGGCCAGCGCCCCCCAUUGAGCGGCUGGGGAUCAAGCCCUACAACUGGAACACCGAGUGCCUGAGGGGGGAUGCGGAAGCCCCCGGCUGGGCCACGGCCUUCCCCCAAGCACUGGGCUUGGCGGCCUCCUUCAGAUACAUCUCUGAGACACCCGCUGUGGAGGCAGGUAACCAGGAGACAUACGGCGAAGACCCGUUCCUGAGCGCAGAGCUGGCCAUGGCAUUCGUGCAGGGGCUGCAGGGUGACCAUCCCCGUUACGUCAAGGCCAGUGCCGGCUGCAAGCACUUCAGCGUGCAUGGGGGCCCUGAGAACGUGCCCGUCUCGAGGCUCAGCUUUGAUGCCAAGGUGCAAGAGCGGGACUGGAGAAUGACCUUCCUGCCCCAGUUCCAGGCCUGUGUGCGCGCUGGCUCCUACAGCGUCAUGUGCAGCUACAACAGGAUCAACGGCGUGCCCGCCUGUGCCAACAAGAAGCUGCUGACAGACAUCCUGCGGGCAGAGUGGGGCUUCCAGGGCUACGUGGUGAGCGACGAGGGGGCCGUGGAGUUGAUCAUGCUGGCCCAUCGCUACACACACAGCUUCCUGGAGACGGCCAUCGCCUCGGUGAACGCUGGCUGCAACCUGGAGCUGGCCUUCGGCCUGACAGAGAACGUCUUCAUGAGCAUCAGUGAAGCUGUGGCCAAGGGCAACAUCACGCUGGAGACGGUGAGGGCCCGGGUCCGGCCACUCUUCUACACACGCCUGCGGCUGGGGGAGUUCGACCCCCCUGCCAUGAACCCCUACAGUGCCCUCGACCUGAGUGCCGUGCAGAGCCCCACCCACAGGCGCCUCGCUGUGGAGGCUGCCAUCAAGAGCUUUGUGCUGCUGAAGAACCAGAGGGGGACGCUGCCCCUCAGCGCCCAGGCCCUGGCCGGCAAGCGCAUCGCGGUGGUUGGUCCCUUUGCCGACGACCCCAGGGUGCUGUUUGGGGACUACGCGCCCAUCCCGGACCCCCAGUACAUCUACACCCCCAGGAGGGGCCUGGAGACCCUGCCGGCCAACGUCAGCUUCGCCGCAGGCUGCAGCGAGCCCAGGUGCCAGCACUACUCGCCGAGCGAGGUGAAGGGGGCGGUCUGGGCAGCCGACAUCGUCGUGGUGUGCCUGGGCACAGGGACUGACCUGGAGACAGAGGCGAAGGACCGAUGGGACCUGUCCCUGCCCGGGCACCAGCAGGAGCUGCUGCAGGACGCUGUGGCCUGGGCCCGGGGGCACCCUGUCAUCCUGCUGCUGUUCAACGCGGGGCCACUGGACGUGGGCUGGGCCCAGGCCCACCACGGAGUAGGCGCCAUUCUGGCGUGCUUCUUCCCAGCACAGGCCGCGGGCAUCGCCAUCAUCAAAGUGCUGCUGGGGGAAGACGGGGCCAGCCCGGCAGGCAGGCUCCCGGCCACCUGGCCAGCUGGCAUGGACCAGGUGCCAGCCAUGGAGAAUUACACCAUGGAGGGGCGCACGUACCGGUACUAUGGGCCAAGGGCCCCACUCUACCCCUUCGGCUACGGACUGUCCUACACCACCUUCCUCUACCGGGACCUGGGCUUGAGCCCCACGGUGCUGCCCCUCUGCGCCAACCUCAGCGUCUCCGUGGUGGUGGAGAACACUGGGCAGAGGGAUGGUGAAGAGGUGGUGCAGCUGUACCUGCGUUGGGUGCAGCCCUCCGUGCCGGUGCCCCGCUGGCAGCUGGUUGGAUUCCGCCGGGUGCCCGUUGCCGCAGGCCGGGCGGCGAAGCUGCUGUUCCUGGUGACCUACGGGCAGCGCGCCGUCUGGGCCAAGCAGUGGCAGCUGGAGCCAGGCGCCUUCACGCUCUUUGUGGGCGGGCAGCAGCCGGGCCAGGAGACACGUGCCAGCUCCGAGGUCUUGCGGGCAGAAUUCACUGUGACUGGCACCACCCGACCCCUGAGCCACUGCUAGGGACAGGGAUGGUUCCUGGGGCACUGGAAUGGGAACUGCGAGGGGGUAGGAUGGGGCCAUAUGCAUUAGGAUUGGGAUCUGGCCCAGCACCCAGCUUGUUGUACCAGGAAGCGGGGUCACAUGACUGUCUCUAUCGGGAUUGGGAGGCUGGCCCGGCACCUGGCUGGCUGUAUUUGGGGGGCCGUCCCGGCACCUGGCUGGCUGUACUGGGGGGACCGGCCUGGCACUUGGCUGGCUGUAUUUGGGGGGCCAUCCUGGCUAUAGUGGGGACAGUGGGAGCUCAUUCACUCGAUGCACAAUAAACUUUGCC